GGAGCCCGAAGACGUGUUUGAAGGAGAGGCGCAGCAAGAUGCUGACCUAGGGGGCGCGGCGUCCGAUCAAGAACAAAACUUAUUCGAAGCCGAUGAAAAUGCGCAUGAGCCUGGUCUUCGCAAAGUGGACUUUGAGCAAACCGAUAUCGAGAUGCGUGACGUGGUAGAACAGGAAGAAGCGGACGUCGUAGUUUGUGACGAAGCUGCUCUACAACUACCCGCGGGAGGUGGACCUGCUCAGGAAACUAAAUUUGAGAGCUUCGCUGGGAGCGAAGUCCUGAUAUCGGAUGUAUUCACCACGACUACCCCUGCCGAGUACUCAGGCGACGAGAUGCGAGCUUGGAGACGGUGCCUCGACCUGUUCUCGC